CAUUAACUCCUAUAAUGGACUUCAGGGUAGCAACGAUCCUCCGCUGCGCGACCGACGGUUCACGCCUCCGCGUCGUCCAUUAAUUCCUGAUAAUGGACACCUCGUCGGGCAUUAUCGUCGGGCAUUAUCCCUGAACUGUUAAUUAAUGCUUAUUACCAUGUUUAUUAAUGGUAAUAAAUAAUAAACGGUUGUUGUAAAGUGUAAUGUGUAAAGUGUAGCCUAUAUACAUAAUUGAGUUUGGUAAAAUCUGUGUUUUAGUUGAGCUGCUCUGACACUCUCUGCGUCGACUGUAGGUCAUAAUCAUUCGACCUCCAACAGGCCACGCCGUUUCUGUCGGAGAAGGCCGUUUCCUCUUCGCCCUCUACGCUCACGCAGCCGGUCUUGACCUUUCUCCAGAAAGGGGAUUCUCCAGAGGCGUCGAUCUCCUUCACCCCGGGACCCCCUCAUUGCCCUGCCCCCCUGAGAUGUCCAAAAUGGACCUCAAAAGCAGGGAGUUCUACAACGACAUGCUUCGCGUGUGUUGGGAAAACCCGUCCUGCAACAGCUCCCUGCUGCUGCUGGGCCACCACAACGGCAGCGGCGCCGUCGUGUACGGCCUCAACUUCCCCGGCGACGGCGCCCCCUGGCUGCGGACCCUCAUCUCCCUGGUGUACUUCCUGGUGGCCACGGCGGGCAUGGUGGGCAACCUGCUGGUGAUGUUCCUGCUGUACUCCACGCGCACCAUCAGCGCGGGCACUAUCAACUACUUUGUGUUCCACCUGGCUCUGGCCCAGCUGCUCUUCUCGCUGGCGCUGCCCUUCUGGGCGGUGGAGAUAGCGCUGGACUACAGCUGGCCCUUCGACGUGGUCACCUGCAAGGCCAUCUCGCUGCUCACCUGCCUCAACGUGUACGCCAGCUGCUUCUUCCUGACCGCCAUGAGCCUGACGCGCUACUGCUCCGUGGCCACCGCCCUCCGGCCCACCGCCGCCGCCGCCGCCCUCUGGCACCGCGGCUUCUGCUGCUCCCGGAUCGCCGCGGCGAUCAUCUGGGCGGGGGCGCUGGUCACGGCCGCGCCGCGCGCCGUCUUCGCCGACCUCUUCAACGUGGGCCCGGCCAACGACACCGUGUGCCUGUUCCGCUUCCCCGACGGAACGGCGUGGCUGGGGAUCAACCACCUCCUGAGAGUGGUGCUGGGCUUCCUGCUUCCCUACGGCGUCAUCGUGCUGUCCUACCUGCUGCUGCUGCGCUUCCUGUGCCGCCACAAGAUGAAGGGCGUGAACCCGGGGCGCAAGUCCCACGUGUCCAAGUCGGUGGCGGUGGUGGUGCUGUCCUUCUGCGCCUGCUGGUUCCCCUACAACCUGCUGACGCUGUGGGCCGCGCUGAUCCAGCUGGACAUCGUGGACAUCAGCCCGUCCUUCUACCUGGUGCAGACCUACUUCUUCCCGCUGGCCAACUGCCUGGCGUUCACCAGCAGCUGCCUCAACCCCGUGAUCUACUGCCUGGUGCGGCGGGAAUACCGCACGGCCCUGCGCACUAUGCUGCACAAGUGCAGCCUGGCCGUGGAGUCCAAGGUGUACCUGCACCGCAUCAACGCCGGCGAAGGCCAGGGGCCUUCCCGGCAGCUGGGCAUACCCCUCAACACGGUGUUCAGCCACACGGUCGCCUCGGAUACGAGGAGGGACGCGGCCGUCUCCUACUCGGCCGUCUCCGGCCAGUCAGGAAAUAAUAGCCGUUGAUGUGGUUGUUGUUGUUGUUUU